AUGAGCGUGAGUGUUUUUUUUAUUUGGGAUUUUGCAAAAAAAUUCCUAAUGAGUUCUUUCUUAUUAAAAAAAUUGGGAGAAGAAAAUUUUAGAGUAGAGAUCAAUAGAAACAUCGGGUGAAUCGCUUUAGUUUCUCACCAACAAUAUUUCUGACCAUAAAAAAGGUGGGGACCUAUAAUAUUCCUGACUAGUGGGAAAAAAAUGUUGCAGCCCCGGCACAAUUAGGUUUAAAAAAACAAAAAAAGUUAGUAGUUAUUCAAAAUCUUCGUAUUUGAAUCUAGGAUAUUAUCUAUAAGCCGUUUUUCUGAACACCAUGAGGCGGAAAAUCACUACAGAUAUCCGUUAAAAACAAAUUAUGCCCCUUUGAUACAGUACACGCUUUCUUAACUGAAGUGUAUUUGAAAAAUUAAAAGCUAAAAAACGUUGAUAAUAAGUUUUUUAAAUAACAUUUUUGGGAAAAAAUCAAUCGUGAAGUUUCUAGACUAGAAAAAGUACAAAGAUACUAAACUCUCGAAGAGAAACAAAAAAAAUAAACCAAAAAUGAAACACACACAAACACUCACAACUUGCGCUGACACAGGCAAAAAAAGAAAAAGAAGACGAAAACCAGUUUUCUACUGGCCGCUCGUUUCUUCUCAAAAAAAGUAUGUGCAUUUGUGCGUAGCGGUGUUUGCAUCCACGCUGCCACUCGCUUGUCCAUACUUGCAACCUGAUUAAUUGGAAUGAGGGGAGGCAUUUCGUGCAUUCUUUCAUCUCUCUUUUUCUCUCUUUCUAUCUCUGUUUCAUUUUGUUAGAAUACAUAAUUAACAGAUUUUCUUUUUAGACAUUCAUAAUUAUAUAUUGUUUUUGUUGGUUUUUUUGAGAAAAAAUUCAUAUAUAAUUAUUGAUUUAAGGCUGUGGAAGUGAUAGAGAGCGAAGAAGUUUAUUGUUUCGAGGUUGUUUUUAUUCGCUUAUAUGUUUGUGCGGUGAGUUUUUUUUUAUUUUUUAGAGAAAUAAAUGUGAUAACAUGGAUCAAUAAAUUGCAUUUUUUCAAAUAAAAAGUAAUUUAACAAUAUUUUUCAGGAUAUUUUAAUGCAUUUACAACAACCGCCGCUGAUUCAGGCGCAAGUUCAAUUAAAUCAUCAGCAACAUCUUCAGCCUCAACAAUUAAUACAAUCACAUCAUGCGCCACAACUUCAUCAACCACCAAUUCACCAUCAACAGGUUAAUAUGCCACAAAGGAUACAGCAUCAAAUGCAAAAUCAACAGAUGCAGAUUCAUAUGCAACAGCAACAGAUGCAACACAAUCAUCCAAGGCAAUUGCAACAUCAACAUCAAGUUCAACAAUUUCCAUCAACUUCAAAACAGGAAUUCGCAAGACCAAUGCAUAUUCCACAAUCUAGAAUGAAAAUGGAUCAACCACAUCAGAUGCAGUCUCAUCAACCUAUUCAACAACAUUUGCAACAUCAACAAGUUAUUCAGCAUCAGCAGCAACUUCAAAACCAGAUGCAGCAACAACAAAUUCAAAAUCAGAUGCAGCAACAACAAAUUCAGCAGCAGCAGCAACAGCUUAUUCAACAGCAACAAAUUCAGCAGCAGCAGCAGCAGCUUAUCCAACAGCAACAAAUUCAACAAAUUCGAAUGCAGCAGCAGCAACAAAGAAUGAUUCAGGUGGAAGAUAAUAGUGAAAAAAUUGAUGAAAAUGCUUCACAGUUAAUGCAACUGCCAAAACAGGUAAUUUUUGUUUUUAUGUUAUGAUGUGACAGUUUGAAUCAUUUUAAUCAUCGUUCUGCUUUUAAAUUUAAUCUGCUGACAAAAAAAAAUCUUACCAAAAAUUCUAAUUAAUUAGUUUUUGACGCUUCAACAAUUUUUUACUCUGCAGAAAUGCUCGUUAGAAAAUCUAUCUAAAAAAAAUAGUAUGUGUAAUUACAAAAACAGGUAGAUCUUUUUAAUGACGUGGCAAUUUUUGGCGUGACUCAUUUGAUUCAUAGAUCAAAUAAAUAUAUGAAUGAUAUGAGUAAUUUACAAAAAUUAGAAAACAUUUCAUUAUUAUUUUUGAAAAAAAACCUAUCUCUGAUAUUCUUUGAAAAUCAUUACUUGAAAAAAAAACAACAAGAAUAAUAACCGAAAAUAGGUUUGGUUUUGAUGACGUAACAAUUUUUCGUAUGAUUCAUAUGACUAAUAGGUCAGCAUAAAGAAUUAAUCAUAUAAGUAAAAUGAUUCAUACUAACAUAAGUUUCCCAGUUUACGAGAGCCAUCUUGUUGAUUUUCGUAACGUCAGAUUUUUUGUAUAAUUAAUUUGAAUGUGAGUAAUUUCAAAGUUUUGUAAAUUGAUCAUAUCAGCCUAAUGAAUUCCAAUCAACAAGAACUUCAAAUGUUGAAGUGUUUGAUCAGUUCUUCUGAAAAACAAAUCAAUUUUUGUUUCAGAAACGUGAGCGAUAUGUCGCCCAACUGCAAAUUGCUCUUCGAAGUAUGGAAAAACUUGGAUUGAAAAACGAAUCAAGAUAUGUAUCACUUUCUCGAUUGCUCAUGUUAAUGAAAGGCGAAUCAGAGGAAAAAGUGCGAAGCCUCACAUAUACACCAAGAUAUGCGAGAAAAGAAACUGUCAAUUUGACUGCUGAUUUUAAAAAGAGAUUGAAUGCGCAGGUAAAUUUUUUCAAUCAAAUGACUGAUUAAUAAAUAAAUAAUGAUCGCAGAUGAAAAUAUAUAUGUUACUCAAGCAAGGAAAAAUGAUUCCACCUGAGCUCAAAGCCAUUUCUGAUGGACCGAGCAACAAGAAAAAGGAUGCUGGUCAUCCGACAAAUUCUUUAGAUAUGUUUAAAGUAGGUUUCUAAUAUUUCCAAUGAUUUCAAAAAAAUAAUCUAAAAGAGUUUUCAUUUUCAGAUUUUUGAUACUAAAACACAUCGACUUUCUAGUUAUGUAGGACAACCUUUACCAGAUGAUGUGAUAACUUCAGAAUAUAGGAGAUUGUGAGUUUUUUGCUUUGUAAUGAAAAUAACACAAUAUGGAAUGUUUUCAGAGUUCGUGAUGAGAUGAUAAAUCGAAGAGAAUAUCUAGCCAGAACCGAAUCAAAAUUGACGCCAGAAUUGCAAGUGAAAUCGAAAAUCGAGCAAAUUGCACUAAAACUUGUUGAUUUUCAACAGAAACUACGGGGUGAAGUGAUGAGCACAAUUGUUUAUACAGUGCCCCAACAUUUUCUGAUCAAUCCAUAUUCGAUCCGUCGGACAAAAGAGCAGUAUAAUCGAGAAUUACGAGAAAAUCCGGCCAAAAUGCAAUUAGAACGACAAAGAAGAUCGAAAAAUCACGAGUUGAUGCAUGCGUUAACAAAACAUUGUCGGGAAUUCAAAGAGUUUCAUAAGUGAGUUUUUAUUUUCGAUUGAUGGGAACUGAAGGUAACUUGAAAAAAAAAAACAAUUCUAAACUGCAGAAAUUAUUUUGAAUAGAGAAAGUUCGAAGAAUUUGUUUAAUAAUUAGAAUUUUGUUUGAUUCAUCCAAAAUUUUAAAAAAUAUGUCUGAAAAUGUUUGAUGCUAAAAAUUUCAAUAACAUUAUCUUCAGACACUAAACCUUUUUUGAAUAAAUUGAAAAUAGAGCUCUUGAAACUCCAGAUAACAAACAUUUAUUUUUCAGGCAAAACGGUAUGAAGUUUGCAAAAGUCCGAAAAUCCAUGAAUCUUUAUCAUCAAAGUAUUGUUCGAGAGAGAAAACGAGAUGAAUUGAAAAAUGAAAAACUUCGUAUUCAAAAAUUGAUACAAGAAGAUGAGGAAGGUUAUCGAGCAAUGUUAGAUGAUAAAAAGGUUUGUGCUUAUACCGACAAUUAAAUUGUAUAUAAAUUUUUAAUAUUUUUUAGGAUCAAAGAUUAGUGUAUCUUCUUCAUCAAACUGAUGAAUAUAUUGAUAGCUUGUGUGAUUUGGUCAAGCAACAGCAGACUGGAUCGACAAGCCAUUUUAAUAAUCAUCGAAAAGAUGAAUAUGAACCAUUGGAUCAACGAGACAAAUCAAAAAUUAUUGAAAAAGCUCGGAACGAAGAAGAUGAAUAUGAUGAAAAGGUUCAAUCACAAAUUGAGAAUUAUUAUUCGGUUGCUCAUCGACAUCGUGAAACUAUCACAGGUCAACAUAGAAUGAUGGGAAAUGGAGAUCCGACACUUUUGUUGAAACCUUAUCAGAUUAAGGGAUUGGAGUGGAUGGUUUCGUUGUAUAAUAAUAAUUUGAAUGGUAUUUUGGCUGAUGAAAUGGGAUUGGGAAAAACUAUUCAGGUGAGAAUAAAAAAAAUAAGUUUAAUGUAACUCACCAACUCAUUUUCUUUUUCAUUUCGGAACUUGAAUUUUCAGACUAUUUCAUUUAUCACAUAUCUCAUGGAAAUCAAAAGAAACAGCGGACCAUAUCUUGUUAUUGUUCCAUUAUCAACUCUUCCAAAUUGGUUACAUGAGUUCAAAAAAUGGGCACCGGUUGUUGAAUUGAUUGUUUAUAAAGGUCCAAAAGAAGAGAGAAAAGUGUAUGAACCUCAAAUCAAAUCCGGAAAAUUCAAUGUUCUCUUAACUACUUUUGAAUACAUUAUCAAAGACAAGAGUAUUCUUGGGAAACUGCGAUGGAAAUAUAUGAUAAUUGAUGAAGGACAUCGAUUGAAAAAUCAAAAUUGCAAACUCACAUCAAUGCUCAAUACUCAUUUUCAAACACAACAUCGCUUAUUAAUCACGGGUACACCAUUACAAAAUAAACUUCCUGAACUUUGGGCGUUGCUCAAUUUCCUGCUCCCUUCGAUUUUCUCAUCGUGUAGUUCGUUCGAGCAAUGGUUUAAUGCACCAUUUUCAACAACUGGCGAAAAAGUUGAGCUAACUGAAGAAGAGACAAUGCUCAUUAUUCGGAGAUUGCAUAAAGUUUUGAGACCGUUUUUAUUGAGAAGAUUGAAAAAAGAGGUGAGUAAUAAUUUAAUUUAAAAAAUCAAUUUCAAAUUCAAAAUUAGGUUGAAUCACAACUACCGGAAAAAACGGAAUAUGUGAUAAAAUGUGAGAUGUCGGCACUUCAAAAAAUCUUAUAUCGACACAUGCAAAAAGGAUUGCUUCUCGAUGGAAAAAAUCAAACGGGAAAUAAAUCGGUGAUGAACACAAUGGUUCAUCUACGAAAAUUGUGUAAUCAUCCGUUUCUAUUUCCGAGUAUUGAAGAAUCUUGUCGGGUUUUCUGGAAUGUUGUUAUCUCUGGUUAUGAUUUGAUGAGAGUUUCGGGAAAAUUGGAGUUGUUGGAUCGAAUUAUGCCAAAAUUAAAAGAAUCGGGUCAUCGGAUUUUGAUGUUCUUCCAAAUGACUACAAUGAUGACAAUUGUUGAGGAUUAUUUGGCUGUUAGACGUAAGUUUUGACUUUUUGAAUAUCACAAUCUCACUUUUUAAUUUACAACUUCACUUGUUAAUUAACAAAACCAUUUUCAGAAUACAAAUAUCUUCGAUUGGACGGUAGCACAAAGCCAGAUGAGCGUGGUCAACUUUUAGAAAAAUUCAAUGCUCCAGACAGUGAAUAUUUUCUAUUCAUGCUCUCCACUCGAGCCGGUGGUCUGGGACUCAAUCUUCAAACCGCAGAUACCGUUGUGAUUUUUGAUUCGGAUUGGAAUCCACAUCAAGAUAUGCAAGCACAAGAUCGAGCACAUAGAAUUGGGCAGAAGCAAGAAGUUCGAGUCCUACGAUUGAUCACCGCUAAUUCCAUCGAGGAGAAAAUUUUGUCAGCGGCGAGAUUCAAAUUGAAUGUGGAUGAAAAAGUGAUUCAAGCUGGUAAAUUUGAUAAUCGAUCAACACAAGCGGAAAGAAAAGAAAUUUUGGAGCAAAUUAUUCGAGCUGAAUCAGAAGAUGAUGAACAAGAUGAAGUGCCUGAUGACGAAACGAUUAAUCAAAUGAUUGCUCGAAAUGAUGGAGAGUUUGAAUUGUUUCAAAAAAUGGAUGCUGAACGGAGACAUAUGGAAAGAGAAUUGUGAGUGAAGUUCUGGGAGAGAGACAUUUUAUGAUUGUUUUUUUUUUCAGAAAACCCCGGCUAUUGACAGAGGAAGAGAUUCCAAAAGAUAUUACUCGCGCAGCAGAUGAGACUGAUUAUCAAGAAAAAGCAAAGGAGGAAGGGCGACUUCCAUAUUUGGAAGUUAUGCCAGGAUCAAGAAGAAAGCGAAAAGAGGUUGGUUUCAGAAUCUCAUGGAAGACGCAAAAAUGAAAUAUUUUUCAGGUUGAUUAUUCUGCUGAUUCAAUGAGUGAAGAUCAAUUUUUGCGACAAGUGAUUGAUGGAGAAGAUAUUUCCGAGGAGCUAAAAUCAAAUGGAACUGUUGUACAAGAACCAAUUCCACCAAUAAUAAUUCAAAAACAGCCACCAAUUCCACCACUCAUCAUAUCAAAAAAACCAAUUCCGCCACCAUUGCCAAAAAUCACAUUAACAUUUGAUAAGAAGAAAUUGGGAUUGGGGGUGACACCAAUAACGGCGCCGGCGCCAACAUCAUCAACAGAAAUUGUGAUUGAAAAAGAAAAACGAAGUGAUGAAGAAAAAGAGAAAAAGAAAAAGCAUAAGAAGGAAAGAGAAGAAACAGAGGAGGAAAAACGAGAGAGAAAAGAGAGGAAAAAGGAGAGGAAACGAAAACGAGAAAUGGAAGAGGAAGAAGAGGAGAGACAACGAAAAUUAGCGAAAAAAGCAAGAAAAGAAAGAGAAAGAUUGGAAAGAGAAAGAGAAGGAUUAUAA